AUGGUGUCAUCCGGCUGCAACAGCAAAAUAGCCCGCUUUUCGAAGAGCUCCAUUUUAGAGAAGGGGGUACACUUGGUAAAUAUAAAAGACGAUGGGAGCUUGAAGGAGUACAAGUGGUGGAACGGCAUCAUUAAGCCAAAGGAAACCUUUAAUGCAAAAAAGACGAGGGGGUUCCUAAUCGUGAAGUUAUUCCUCUAUGGAUACUUAAACAGAAUAAGUACUUACAGGUCGAAUAAAGACAACGACCUAAUGCACCCCUAUUUAAAAAUACUCCUAAAUAAUGAAGAAAUUUAUAGGACCAAAGCUUUACACAGUUCGUUAAACAUAUGGGAUGAAAGAAUCGACAUCGAAAUUCACUACAUCAAGAGUAAAAUAGAAAUUCAGCUAUACGACAUGGACGAAACGGAGGGCAUCGUGGAGGAUGAAUAUAUUGGCAGUGCCUUCAUCGAUGUUUUCUAUCUACAGCUGUCUAAGAAGUAUGAUAUCAUUGUUAAGUACAUUAACAAAGUGGGACACUUGAUGGAUCUUCAUCAUUAUAAGAAGAAGACACCUAAGGAGGAAAGCAAGGACAAUCCAAAAGGGGGCCAGACGGGGGAAGCGACUGCCAACAAUGGUUGUACCAGCUUAAUCAAGGAUACUUCCUCACCGGGAGGGGUAAAGUGUCCGAACGAUUACAACGUUCGGCUAUUUGCUAAACUAGUUAACAAAAAAAACUACAACAAUUGGAUUCUGCAGUUAAACUGCAUUUCGUCUCUUAAUUACUCCUAUGUCCACAAGAGCAACGAAAUAUUGGACAAAGAAUUAAACAUAAAUCAAUUGUAUGAUGAGUUAAAGACUAUAAAAGGAAAUGUUGAGACGAUCUGGUUGCCCUUCUUUUCAAUUAUAUAUAACUUUUCCUCAUGGAAGACGCCAUUCUAUUCUGUCUUUUUUCUGAUUUUUUUUUUCUUUUCCUUUUUGUAUUCCAAAUUUUUUCUCUCCUUUUUUUUAGUAGCCUUAAGUAUAAUUUUUUUCAUUUUGGUUUCCAUCAUUAAGGAAAGUGACAAAAUGAAAGCAAGUGGCCAACUCGGCACUUGGGCGAAGGCUGGCUGGACUGCGAAUGCUCACUCCUUGGGAGCACAGCAGGGGAAGAAGAAGAGGAAGAGAAGGAGCAAAGCGUUUAGCUACUGGAUGCAGGCGAAGAACCUUGGUGGUUACAGCCCGCCAAAGGGAGGGGAAGUACCCUCAAAUGAUAACACCUUAAAGGAGGAUGCCUCUUCGACGAGCGACUCUCAGAUCAGCGGUAGUUAUAGUAGCUGCUCCUCAACCGACUUGAGUACGGACCAUUCGAGUGGCCUCUCGGAUUCCUGCGGGAGCGACGCGGAGGCGAGUGCGCUCCUGAGCGCCGAGGGGGACUGCAGCAAUGGGGGAGAUGGCCCAAGGCGCGCGAAAGGGGAGAAAGCCGCAAAAGGCGCGACAGGUGGAACAAGUGAAGAGAGCAGAAGCGCCGUAGACAGUCACAGCGGGAACAGAAUCCAAAGUAAUAAAGACCCUCCCCGAGGCGGAAAGAAACACAAAAAGGACAACGGAUCCAUUGACAACAACAAAGCCGACAUAAGGGGAGACACAGCCGAGGAGGAGAAAACGAAAAAACGAACCAACAGUAGCAGAUGCACGGGAGAAGUCAACACGGACAACGAUGACACGAGUAGUGACGUCAAUAUAACAGACGAAGAAAGCAGCAACGAGGGAACCACAGAAAAUAACCUACAGGUUAUUAAAACAUUCGUCUCAAAUAUAAUAGAUGAUGAAAUUAUUAAUAACGUAAAAUAUUUUCACUACAUACUUUUCUGUUUCACGAGGUGGUCACAGAUUUUAUUCUUUGUUUUGCGAAGAUUUGGCUACUUCCUGGUGGUUAUUACGCUGCUUUUUUGCUUCUUGAAUAUUUAUUUCUACCCCCUUGUGGGGAGGUUGCUGCGUUUUUGUAUCUUCUGCAGUGGGUUUAUUUUUUUGACCUACAAUUUGAAGCCCACGAACAUUCUGUACAGGUUUUUCCUGUGCAUCCAGGAGUACUACUUUUGGGGACCUAGUCGCAGCAACGUAGACAUUUUCUCCGCACCCCGCGGGGGAUGA